UCAUAUGACAAAAGGUAACAAAAUGAAAAAUCGCUUGUAUUUCGGAAUUUUUUUUGCCGCACUAGCAUCAGUUGCAAUUUGUGAAUAUCAAAUCAAAUUGACUGGUUUUCAAUUACUGCCGGGAUUGUGUAACGAAACAUAUAUCUUUCCUGGAACAAAAAAUCCAAUUGUAGUGAAACAAGAAAAUCCCAAUGAGUAUGUUGUGUCUGGAGAUAUUGAGUUUAGGAGAGAUUUCAUUCAAAACGAUAUCAUUAAGAUUGAAUACUUUCAUAAAAUUUGGACUGGAAAGUAUGCACUCCUUUACAUUGUAUACAUAUCAAUAUGCGAGCUUACGAGACAUCAUUAUUAUCCACUUUUUGCGAAAGUAUCUAAUUUUCCAUCACGCUGCCCAGUUUUGAAAGGAAAUUAUACUGUGAACAAUUUUAGAGUUAACGAAACGUUUUUCCCGUCAACUCUACCACAAGGUGAUCAUAUUUUGAUUUUCACCCUUUAUUCGGAUCAACAACACGUCUAUGGCAUUAAAUUGGCGACAAAUAUAAAAGAAAUUUAAUUAUAUGAAAAACAAGAAAAAAAAAGAAAAAAAAUGCAAUUCGACACUAUUGCUGCUCCAUGCAUUCACUUGAACUUCUAAACCCAUGCGAAGACAAACAAUUUGCAUAUAUAUAUAUAUAGUUUUUUUCUUAAUAAAAUAAAGAACGUAAAAGAUUUAUGACAGUUAGUCAUCUUUUUGAAGGCCUUGCCACUCGCACUUACCUAACAUUAUGGUCAGAGAUAAGGUGAGCCUAGAGGUGACCUGAAAGUGAAAUAAAAUAAUUAAAGCAUUAUCAAAUAUUCUGUUAACUUUGCCACGGCUGUUCGAUGUUUCCGAAAAGAUACCGAUUUUAUUGAAUUUAAAAUCGUGAAAGCACACGAAAGGAACAAAGUAUCAUGAAAGUAUCAUCAAAGUAUUACAUUCCAUGCUAGAAACAAAAAAAAAUGUUUUUGAAAUAAACGAAGGUAACGAAUUUAUUAAG